GUCCGCGGAGCCGACAUGCAGGCGGCGCGGGGCGGCGCGGGGCGGCGGGGCCGCGGGCCGGAGCGCGAGCGCCAGCGGCCGCCGAGCGCCGCAGCCGCGUCCCCCUGCGCCGCCCCGGGCCCGGCCGCCGCCGCCGCCAUGGCCCGCGGGCCGCCCCGCGCCGCGCUCCGCCUGUGGCUGGGCUGCGUCUGCCUCGCGCUGGUGCAGGCGGACAACCCCUCGGCCCCAGUGAACGUCACCGUCAGGCACCUCAAGGCCAACUCUGCAGUGGUGAGCUGGGACGUCCUGGAGGAUGAGGUUGUCAUCGGAUUUGCCAUCUCUCAGCAGAAGAAGGACGUGCGGAUGCUGCGCUUCAUCCAGGAGGUGAACACCACGACGCGCUCGUGUGCCCUCUGGGACCUGGAGGAGGACACGGAGUACAUCGUGCACGUGCAGGCCAUCUCCAUCCAGGGCCAGAGCCCCGCCAGCGAGCCCGUGCUCUUCAAGACGCCCCGCGAGGCGGAGAAGACGCCCAAGAACAAAGAUGAGGUGACCAUGAAGGAGAUGGGGCGAAACCAGCAGCUGCGGACGGGCGAGGUGCUCAUCAUCGUUGUGGUCCUGUUCAUGUGGGCUGGUGUCAUUGCCCUCUUCUGCCGUCAGUAUGACAUUAUCAAGGACAAUGAACCCAAUAACAACAAGGAAAAAACCAAGAGUGCGUCUGAAACUAGCACCCCGGAGCACCAAGGCGGGGGUCUUCUCCGCAGUAAGAUAUGAACCCCGGGGCAGGGCUGGCUCUGGGCAGCUCGAAGACAGACAGUAGAGAAAGCGGGAGGAUCUCCUGGUUCUGAGGAUUAGCCAACAGACAUCUUCUCCCCCUCCAUCUCCUUACACCCUCUGGCUUAACUGUCCUCUCGGCUUCUCUCUUCCGGCGUAUUUUCCCGAAGCCUCUUCAGAAACCCCAUCUCCAGCUCUGCGGCGUCAGUGACUGAGGCUGCACCCAGAGGCAGGAGGCAAGAGCAGCCGGCGGCACGGCUGUGCUGGGGGCAGAUGGGGGGCUCAGGGUGGGCCCGGCCCUGCAGCCAGUGAGGCGGAAGGCUGGGCUGGAGAAGGGCAGGGCUGCUCGCUCUCCCGGCACAUGGCCCGAGAGCCUGGCUUGGAGGCCGCAGCCCCGUGGCUCUCUUUCUUCUGCGUCCUCUCCCUGUUUCCAUCCAGCUUGCAAGAAGUCUUAUCUACUCGGUUAGCCCUGGCUGCUUCUCUCCUUUUUUUCCUCCCAGUUUCCAAACAAGCCCACAGCGAACAGCAUCGAAGCGUGACUGCCUGUCUGCAGGGAGAAGGAUUUCAUUUGUCUUCUCGGCUGGCCCGCAGGUCCACGGGCACAGGGAGAGGGAGGAGGCAGCGGGGGAGGCUCCGCUCUCUGCAGUGCUCUCUCCCCAACCCCCUCAUGUCCUGGUGAAGGAGCUGAACUAUAAACCCAAAUUCUGCAAAAAAAAAAAAAAAAAAAAAAAAGAAAGAAAAGAAAAAGAAAAGAACAAGCCACAAAACUCCCAGGCUUGACCGGCCCCGUUCUGGAAGAGGCAAAGCUGCAUGACACACAAUCUUCUGCCUCUCCUGGACCGGCCUCCUCUUGGAGAAAACGCACAAAGCUCCUGGGAGCUGGCGGGUGCCCGCCUGGCCUCACAGUCUUUCAGGCUAAGCAGCAUCAGGGAAACUGUAGGGCUACCGUCAGAACUGUUCUGGGUCCAGCCAUCAAGGACUUGAGUGUGGUGUGAUGUGCAACGUUACAAGUAUACUAGAUGUCGUCUGUCUUGUCUCUUUUGGAAAACAAAAUGAAGGGCUUCCCCUUAGAAGACAAAAGGCACUCGUCGAAUUGUCCGCAGCCUCUGUCUUCUUUGGUUCUUAUUUUGACUGUAAGAUUGUUAGUCUGGGUCAAAGGAAGACAGAAUAGAAAAGAGACUUGGAAGGUAGCUGACUGGCCCCAAUUCUUUCUGAGGAGUCCCUUGGCAGUGGAAGAAUGGUGGCAUGGACAACUGAAAAGAUAUGCCCACUUGGCACAUCCUGGGGGCUGCUUACUCACCCGUCCUGGAAUGGAAGCUGCUGGAAGGUAGACCUGAGCCAUUCACCAUAGUCAGGACAGCCCUGGCCUCUGGGGGCUCUCUAUCUUGCCAUUCAUCCAAGGUUCUCUGAGCACCCCAGGUUCCUCAUGUCCACCCCCGGAACCUGAGGGUGAGGUGACUGGUCUGUCACUUCUGCGGCCCCUUUCUGGUCUGAAAAAAAAAAAAAAAAACCCAAAAAUGGUGCUUGCAAAGGGAAGGCGGACUCUUCCCAGGGACUGGCAGCUCCGGCUGCCAGGCGCCUGCGUGGGAAGAGCUGGACUUCUGCAUCUUCCAAGGUGGCUGAGGCUGGGCCUGUGGGAGUACUGCGCCUUGCCCCGGGCGGCACAUAGUAGGUGCUCAGUGAAUAUGUCAAACUGGAUGAUAAGUGUAUUGGCCCCCAAGCCAGAGAGCUGCAAGCCAUCACCCAGUGACCCUUCCUUCCUGUCUGCAAGAGCUCCCGGCUAGGUUGGCUGCCACUCUGCUUUGCCCGGGCGUGGCAGCACCGGGAGGGAGGAGAGAUGGGAGUCGGCAGACGCCAGCCGACUAAGGGCUUCCUCAUGGGAGAGCAUGAGGCUCCAUGCAUCGUCUUGUGACUUCCAUCCCUGCUGAAUGGGGCUGCAAGGCCACGCUCCUUAGCGGAGAGAUCCUUUACCUCUGAUCCAGUUAGAGCAAUAACCACUUUUUAAAUGUAAAAUAAAAAGACAAAUGAAAAGGCA